AACAGUGCAGAGAAGUGUUCAGGGCCACCCGAGGAGGUCUGAAAGGCAGGCUUUAGCUGGGGACAGAAGGACAGUGGAAUCCCAGCUAGGGGAACAGUCAGAGUCCAGGACAGUCAUGGAGGGACAGACCAAGACCAGCUGUAACUAGGAAGCCCCCAAAGCAGAUGUUGUGGAACAGAAGGCACUUCAGUAGGCAUCUGGCUCCAAAGACAGAAUAUGACUCAAGCAGACAGGAAGAGGCGGGGCUUGGGCUGCUGCUGCAGGUCCACCCACAACUCCAAGAUGGUCUCAUGGCCUGUGAUGACAAGGAUGCAAGACAUACUACAGAAGGAGAUGGUGCGAGAGUUCCUGGCCGAGCUCAUGAGCACGUAUGUCAUGAUGGUGUUUGGUCUUGGUGCUGUGGCCCACAUGGUGGUGGGAGAUAGAUUUGGGAGCUACCUCGGUGUCAACCUGGGCUUUGGCUUUGGAGUCACCAUGGGAGUGCACGUGGCUGGGAACGUCUCUGGAGCCCACAUGAAUGCGGCCUUGACCUUCACCAACUGUGCACUAGGCCGCAUGGCCUGGAAGAAGUUUCCUGUGUACGUACUGGGUCAGUUCCUGGGUUCCUUCCUGGCUGCUGCCACCAUCUACUGCCUCUUUUACCCAGCCAUUAUCGACUACUCAGGCGGACAUCUGACAGUGACCGGUCCUACAGCCACUGCUAACAUUUUUGCCACCUAUCUUCCUGACCACAUGACGCUGUGGAGGGGCUUCCUGGAUGAGGUGUUAGUGACGGGGAUGCUCCAGCUGUGUCUCUUUGCUAUCACGGACAAGGGGAACAACCCAGCACUGCAAGGGACACAGGCACUGGUGAUUGGCAUCCUCAUCCUCAUAAUUGGAGUGUCCCUGGGCAUGAACACAGGAUAUGCCAUCAACCCAUCUCGGGACCUGCCUCCCCGCUUCUUCACCUUCAUCGCUGGCUGGGGUGUACAGGUCUUCAGGGCCAGGGACUGGUGGUGGGUGCCAGUGGUGGCGCCGCCCCUUGGUGCCUACCUAGGUGGCAUCAUCUACUUGGUCUUCAUUGGCUCCAGCAUGCCACAGGAGGCCCACGUAUUGGAGAACCCAAUGGUAUAUGAAGACAACCAAAUGCCUGUGUUGCCCAAGACCAUGGCUCUCCCACCCGAGACCUCUUCCAGCUCUCCUGUCUCCGUGUCCUCUCACAGCAAACCUUCAGUCCAGUCUGUCCCACCCUUAAGUGAUUCCAUCUGCUUAGAGCACUUCUAAGUAAGAUCUGUGACUCCAUCCCCACCCCAAUAAAGAAAGCCUUGUCCCACAGUGGCACCCCUACUUCCUGGGUGCAUCUUGUGGUUGGGCUUCCCUCCUGGAUUUUUCAGAAACACCAGGGUUAUGCUGCAGCCAAGGUGGGAGCAGAGUUUAGAGGCUUCUGGCUCCUUCCAGUCCUGGGAGCUGGGGCACCCCUGGGGGAGAAUGGGGAAGGGCUGACCUGUGGCCUCAGUAGGAAUAGGAUGAGAUUGAAGGAUGUCGGACUUUAAAUCAUGGGAUAGGGAGGGGAUGGUUUUGGGGAAAGGACAACAGUUAGCUGGUGGGGGUCAGCCUUGGGGAUACCUUGAGCUGCCCUCCUGGAUUAGGACUCUAGACUUUCUCUCAGUUCUGGCCAAUCCUUGGACCAAACAAGGCCUCAAUGUGUAGAUCAGUUUCUCAACCUUUUUUUCAUUAUUGCCUCCCUCAGGAGACUUUUAGACCUUUUUUUCUUAAUCACAUGAUAUUUUAAUACCACAGAUAUACUGUAUAUCUGUUUAUGGAUUGUAUGUAUAUCUAUACUUUAUUAAAAAAAAGAGUAAGAUGUUUUUCAUCUCCCCCUUUCAAGAAUCAAAUUUCUUUUCCUUGGGGCCAAAAUCAUCCCCCAACCUUGAAAAUGCCUGGUAUAGAUUGAAAGUAGGUAAGGGGUUGGCCUCCUAUUCCUUCUUCCUGGUGCCAGAGCACCUCCCACAUUUAGGAAUUCCAGACUUAGAAGAAACAUGCAGAGUGGGAAAUCCUUACAAAAAGUGCAGAGACAGGAAACAGCCUCAUGGGGGGAAGGCACAGAGGGUGGGUGGAGGUGGGGCAGCCAGGAUCCACUAACUGGGGCCAGGCAGGAAUCAUCCUGCUUUCUGGGUCUCAGAAGGCAGCGUUGCCCAUGGAUCCAAUCGCUGCUUCUGUGGUCAGCCUAUCAACAAUUACUGGAGAUGACACAGUGGCUGAGCCUUUGAGGAGUGUUUAAAGGGCACAGGUGAUUAUGAUGAAAGAGCUCAGUGGUGGAGAGGGGUCUGCAUGGAGACUGUGGGGCUCAGAGGGGGCUUAGAGCCCAGCCUCAGGCCCUGGGACAGCUUCCCACAGGAGAAGACAGAGCAGAGUCGGGGGUGAGGGUGUCCUCUCUGCGGCUGGCUGCUGUACCUUACUGCAUGAGGAAGACAGGCUUUCUUUUGGAGGUAGGGACAGGGUGAGAUUUAGAUUUAGAAAGCCCAUCUGAGCCACAGGGUGCAGGGUACUGGGAAGGGGGAUAGUGGAGCCUGCAUGGGAGUGUGGUGAGAGGCAAAAAUCCAGGAUGAAGAGCAGGGCAUCUAAAAGGAGGAGAGGAAGGAUUCACUCAGUUCCCAGGAGGUAAAAUCUGUAGGAGCUCAGAUUGGAUAAAGGAGUAGGGGAGGACCCAGCAGGAGUCAGGGCUGACUUCGAGUUUCCAGCUUGGGCUGGGGCAUCACAGAUGUACCCCCAUGAAAGUGGAGCACGGAUAGUAACUGGUUUGGAGAGGAGGAUGAUAUCACAGUGUGGAAAUGUUGAGUUUGAGUUGCGUAUGGAACUUGGGGGCAAGAGGUGUAUAGUAUUGGGCAAAUUAACAACAUCUCUGGGCCCUGGUUUUCUCAUUUAUAAAAUGGGUCUAAAAGUAUUACCUACAGUUUGUGUUGCUGUGAAUAUUUAAUGAAAUAAAACAUGUGUACUGCUAAGAAUAGUGCUUGGCAUGGAGUAAACGCUCAAUAAACAAUACUGCCUUUCA